AUGACCAGCCCAGCGCUAGGAGAACCCCUCGCAUGCCCUAUUAGGAAUUCCACGCGACCCCAGGAUGACUUGCUCGGUUACCAGUCACCAACACUCGUUCAGAACAAAGCUGUUGCCCAACCCACAAGAGACGGAGCUACAAGAGGCCCAAGAGUAAGAACAGCCGUCACGGCCCAGCCGCCCGCGAUCUCGCGGGGAAUCUGUGCCCGCAUCGCUCAGUGGCUGUGGCCUCCUGGCGGGUGGGGCCCUUCAUGCAAAUCCACCGGACUUGGAUCUGCUCAGUGCGUUGGCUCUGGCACGAGUUCCCAUCAAUCAGCAUCAGCAUCAGCAUCGCGCCCGCAGCUACACAUCCAGCCCGCCGCAAGUGCCUCGCUGGACUGCAAGGCGUGUCGUGAGUGGAACGUGGUAUGCGAUCAAGCCAGGCCGCAGUGUGAACACUGCUAUGAACAGCAAAUCCUCUGCUUCUAUGUCAGUCCCAGCCAGAAUCCGAAGCGCAAGGCGAGGAGGCGUACGGAAAACAUAGCCGGGGGCGGGGAAGUGGAAGUGGCGGGCAUCUCAGAGGGGCGUGCGCAUCCGUUCUGA